AUGCUAGGAGACACAGUGGCCGUUAAUUUUCGUUUCUGCACCUGGCAGAUGGCUGAUGAUCUGAUAUCUUCGGGCCCUUUGCAACUUGAACUUUUGCUUUCGAUUCUCCUUUCAAGUUCAAGAUGCAUAACCUGGCGUCACCCUGGCAGAAUGAUUGUAGUUGCAGAAGUGACCCAGGGGCCCGGGCCUGGUCGAUGUAGUUACCUAGGAAAUAAUGUUGGUGGUGGCGCUCCUGGUGGUCAUCACUUUGGUGGAGGUGGUCACAUGCCUCAUGACUUUGGCGGAGAUCAUGUAAACAUAGAUAUUGGUGGCUCUGACUACGGUGGUGGUGAUGCAGAAUAUAGCAGUUGGGGAGGCGGAGGUUUUGAUGGUGGAGGUGCUGGCGGCAGUGGUGGCGGUGGAGGAGAUAUUGGCGGUGGUGGUGGUUUUGGUGGCAGUGGACGAGGUUGUGAUAGUGGUGGUGGUGGUUUUGGUGGCGGUGGAGGAAGUUGUGACAGUGGUGGCGCUGGUGGCGGUGGAGGUGGCUGUUAA